AGGUGAAAUGGCUACUUUUGAGAAAGAUGAAGUACCGAUGCUAUCAGCAACAUAUUCACAAGUGGAUGAAGAUGAAGACUCUCAACUUCGGAGGUUUGCAUCCAGGAUGCGGAGUGCUUCACUAACCAUCCCUAUGAACUCUAUGGAGUCCUACGAAAAUGAAAAUAACCUUGUAGGUCAUACUGGUCCCUUGCGAAAUGAACGAAAAACACCAUUCAUACAGAUGAGUGGUCCUUUAUAUGGCCGUAAGCAUGAGAAUCUCUUCCGGCCUAACCAAGGUGCAAUCCAAAUGACUCGGCCCACAGUAGAUAAAUAUCCUUCAUCUAAUGGAGUGGGUCCAAAAGAUUGGCCAGAUAACAGCUAUGCUGGGAAAAAUGAACAUCUUUUGAAAUCUGGUCAAUUGGGAAUGUGCAAUGAUCCGUACUGCACAACAUGUCCAACUUAUUCCAACUUUAAGGGGCAACAAAAGAACUCAAAAUCAUCAGUUAUAUUUGACCCCAAGAUCUGGAUUCUUGCUGUAUCAACGAUAGACACAACCCCUGGCAGCUUCCCUGAAAUAUUUCUGAUGGGCACCCAGCACAUAGCUGGGCUUUCACCACUCACAAACUUGAGGGUUUCUUGA